AUGAAGAUGGAGCCGGGCCGGCCGGCCUCCCCCGCGGGCGGCGCGCGCCCCGACCCCGAACCCGACCCCGAGCCCGAACCGGCGGGCCCCACCGGCCGGCAGCCGCGCCCGCCCCGCGCCGGACACUCGGCGCCCCGGAGCCCGGAGCCUGCGCGGACGCCCGCGGGGCCGCCAACCCCCGGCCCCGGCCCGCGCCCGCCCUGCGCCGCGGAGCCCGACGGCGUCUGCCCCCCGCCUUGCCCCGACGCCGCUCCUCUCCGCGGACGGGCUCUCGGCCACGGUCCGCUCGCGGGCGGCGACGUGGCUUGUUCCCCCGGCUUCCCGGCGCCCGCGGGGGGCGAGCUGGCCCUGGACGUGGGCCCCGAGGCCCCGGGGCGGCCCCCGGACUUCGGCCACCCCUGCCCGCUCGCGACCGAGCCCGCCGCGUGUCCGGAGGACGGCCCCCGCCUCCGCGCCGUGUUCGACGCCCUGGACGGCGACGGGGACGGCUUGGUCCGCAUCGAGGAUUUCGUCCAGUUCGCAACGGUGUACGGCGCGGACCAGAGAGAGAGCACGCACAAGAGCAAGCACGGAUACGAUGAGGGGGAGAAGCAGAGGGAGGGCGCAGAACCCAAUGUCCCUCCAUCCCGAGACCCUGAGAUCAUGACCCGAGACAAAACCAAGAGUUGGAUGCUCAACCAACUGAGCCACCCAGGUGCCCUCUUCUGAUGGAAUUUUAAGUUUGGGGGCAAAGCCCAGAUGACUUGAGUUUAGUGGAAUAGAUGAGUGUAGUGAGAUCUACUGUGACGUUGCUCCUUCUGUCUGCUGGCUGAGACUGCACUGGAAAGAAGCAGUGCUGAGUGUGGUCAUCUUAGUACCUGGACUUGGACAAGUUUCCUGGGAUGGUGGAGGAGAGCUCUUGUGUUGGAGCGGAUGAUUUACAGACUAAUGAAAGGUUGAUACUUGUGUCCGUAUAAACUUUGCUAGACUUUA